CUCGCGGAGCCUCGUGCUGGUUUGAUCGGUUUCUCUCUCUGUAAGAGGCCCCCUCCACACACGCACACAUACACACAUUUGUGUCGGUUAAAUUCAUUCCCGGGACCUUUAUUUAUUUAGUCCAAGAAACUUUUUAUACUUGAGUCGCGCUCAGGAGAGAAGACCGAAUUCGGUCUGAAAGUCGAGGGAAUGAUACGGGACACGGGCACGUCUUUUUAAGAACGUUGUAUUUAUAUUCAAAGUGACUCGUAGCGAAAGAGAGAGAGGGAGAUCAUGGCCGCUCAGGUCGCCACUCUCAACACUAGUCCGCCCGUCGAACUCAAAAAGCCGGAGCGGGAGCCGCAGGACGAGUCGGUGCUUGGAGAGAAGCAGCCGGAAAACAAGGAGCCCCGCGCGGACGGUGGAUCCCCGGGCCAGAAGGAGCUGCACGACGGGGCCGAUGUGGGAAACGCUGCUGGGGGAGGAGGAGCGGGAGGCGACCCUGACAUGAAGAACGGCAACGGGAACCCGUCCAGGGUAAACAAUAACCAGAAUGAUUCUGGCGGACCUGAAGCGAACAGCCACCCCGGGAUGGCUCACCACCACUCGGGUACUUUCCCUCCACCUCCGUACGUUUAUAACCGGGCCCCUUUUAAUCAACAUGGCGGACAACAAAGCCCUAGCAUGGCAGGGCCGGCGAUGAUGGACCCAUACCCGCCCAGUUCACACGAGCACGGCUACCCCAACCACUUUAACAACUACAGCCCCUUCCCGAACCGGACGCCGUACCACCAGGGCCAAGGGUACGGCAUGAAUUCCCCGCGAAACAGCCAACCGCCGGCGUCUGGGGGGCAGCCAGGCAAGCAGCCGCCGCCAGGAGGAACUACGCCGAUGGUCGCUUCUUACAACAAUCAGAGAUAUAACAUGGGAACCCCUCAGCCCACCUCCACCCCGACUUUAAACCAGCUACUGACCUCUCCCAGUUCCACCAGGACCUACCAAAACUACCCACCCAGUGAUUACAGUAGUCAGGAUGGGGUUGCCAAGGGACCGGGGGAUAUGGGCAGCGGUAGUCAGUAUGGUGGGGGCCACUCGGGCUGGCAACAAAGAAGCCAUCACCCUCCUCCCAUGAGCCCGGGAAACACUGGACAAGCCAUCAACAGAAGCCAGCCUCCUGGCCCCAUGGAUCAGGUGGGAAAGAUUCGAGGGCAGCACUAUGGCGCAGGAAACCCCUAUUCCCAGCAGCAGGGCCCUGCCCCAGGCUCCCAGCAGGGACCUCCCUACCCAGGGCAAGCUUAUGGACCUGCAGGGCCCCAAAGAUUCCCUAUAGGCAUGCAGGGACGAACCCCUGGAAGCAUGAGCGGAAUGCAAUACGGACAGCAGAUUGGCUUUGGACAACAUGGGCCAGGUGGUUAUAGCCAGAACCAAGGUGGUUACUAUGGACAACAGGGAUCUUCCUCCCACGGAGGACCCCAGCAAUCUUCAUACCCCCAGCAGCCCCCAUCUGGACCAGCCUCUCAGUCUCCAUAUACCCAGCAACCCCCAGGUCCUCCCCAUGGUCAGGGUGGGGCCCCUUACGCUCAGCCUCAGGGCUCCCAUGGUCCCCCUCAAGGCCAACCUUCGUAUUCACAAACUCCACAGUCACAGUCAGGUCAGCCGCCCUAUCCUCAGUCCCAAGGUCCUACUCAGUCACAGAGUGCUUCUCAGGGCCAGCAAGGGCCUCAGUCACAGCCUGGAUAUUCUCAACCACCUUCUGGUCCACCUCAACAACAGGGUCCCUCUCAACAGCAGCAGGGUCCACAACAUUCACAGCCGCCCAGCUCGGCACCCCCACAGUCAUCCCAACAACCUACGGGCCAGGGCCAGCCCUCACCCUACUCUCAGACCCCUCCACAGCAACAGUCACCCUUCCAGCGCUUUCCACCACCACCACCACAGCAGGAGCUGUCUCAAGAUUCUUUCAGUUCCCAGUCGUCUGCUCCCUCUUCCAACCAACCCAUGGUGUCCAGUAAGAGCGGCCCAGAGGACAGUAUGCAGGGACGACCUUCCAGCCUUCCUGAUCUGUCAGGCUCCAUCGAUGAUCUCCCCACAGGCACUGAUGGGGCUUUGAGUCCCGGCGUGAGCACAUCAGGGGUAUCCAGCAGUCAGGGUGAGCAGAGCAACCCGGCACAGUCUCCCUUUUCCCCACACACCUCUCCUCACCUGCCAGGCAUUCGCGGCCCCUCGCCAUCACCCGUGGGCUCACCUGUCAGCGGUCCGGCCUCACGUACAGGACCCCUCUCACCCGGAACCUUGCCAGGAAACCAAAUGCCCCCCAGGCCCUCUAGUGUUCAGUCAGAUGGUAUGCUGCAUACCUCAAUUGGUCAGGAUAGAGUAUAUAUGCGAAACCCUCAGAUGCCAUACGGCUCUCCUCAACAAGGAUCGACUUUAUCACCACGGCAAUCAUCUGGAGGCCAAAUGCAUGCUGGGAUGGGUUCUUUUCCGCAAAACAACUCCAUGGGCAAUUACGGACCACAGAGCGCUCAGUAUGGGCAACAAGGUUUCCCAAGGCCAGCUUAUGCAGGAAUGCCAAAUGCGAACUACACCGGUGGUCCUGGAAUGAGCAGCUCCAUGAAUCCUAUGGCGGGCCAGGGUGGAGGGGGUCCGUAUGGAGGUAUGCCUCCCGGGCGUAUGGGUCCGGGGCAGAUGGGUGCGAGACCUUACGGCCCAGGUAUGGGCCCCAACAUGGGGGGUAUGCCCACUCAGGUGACAUCUGGGAUGUGUCCGCCACCUGGAAUGAACAGGAAGCCGCAAGAUCCCACUACAGCGGGCAUGCACCACGGCCCAUCUAAUUCAAUACACAGGCCACCUGGUUAUACCAACAUGGGCCAAAGCAUGAUGGGAGCUGGGUCUCCUUAUGCCCCACCCAUGAACAGCAUGCAGAACAUGAUGAACCAAGCGGGACCAUACCCAGUACCUGGCAACAUGGCCAAUAACUCUGCAGGCAUGGCCCCCAGUCCAGAGUUUGGCAUGGAAAAGCUCAACCAGCCUCAAAAGAUGAAUAACAAAGUGGAAGGGACUCCUAAGACCGAAUCGAAAAAGAAGUCCAGUUCAUCUACCACCACUAAUGAGAAAAUAACCCGUCUGUACGAGCUGGGACCAGAACCAGAGAGGAAAAUGUGGGUGGACCGUUAUUUGGCAUUUGCCGAAGAGAAAGCCAUGGGCAUGACCAAUCUACCCGCAGUGGGCCGCAAGCCCCUUGACCUCUUCCGCCUCUAUGUGUCUGUCAAAGAGAUUGGCGGCCUCACUCAGGUGAACAAGAACAAAAAGUGGAGGGAGUUAGCCACAAACCUGAAUGUGGGCACAUCUAGCAGUGCCGCCAGCUCUUUGAAGAAGCAGUACAUUCAGUGUCUCUAUGCCUUUGAAUGCAAGAUUGAGCGAGGGGAAGACCCACCACCUGACUUCUUCAACACCGACCCUAAAAAGAACCAGACCAAAGUCCAGCCCCCAUCACCAGCUGGAUCGGGGUCUUUACAGGGUCCUCAGACACCUCAGUCGACCAGCAGCUCCAUGGCUGAGGGUGGAGAUCUGAAGCCACCGACACCUGCAUCAACACCUCACAGCCAGAUGCCCCCCAUGCCUGGUUCUAGGAGCAGCGUGAAUUUACAGGAUCCUUUUGCGGACGGUGGGGACCCAGCGUUUUCCAGGCGCAACUCUGUGACCCCGAAUUCAGGUUAUCAGCCUGUUAUGGGUGGACCAGAUGUGAUGGGCCGCUUGGGGCCUUACGAGCCCAAUAAGGACCCUUUUGGUGGCAUGAGAAAAGCGGGUGAGCAGUUCAUGACUCCAGGUCAAGGCCCAAAUAGUGGCAUGGGUGAACCCUAUAACAGAGGCCCUCCAGGACCUAUGCAGAUGGGUCAAAGACCACAGUAUCCCUAUGGUCCAGGAUAUGACAGGAGACCAGAUUCGGGUAUGUGCCCAGAUGGUAACAUGGGUCCACAACCUAACAUGAUGCCAUCUGGUGCAGAUGCAGGGAUGUACUCACCGAACCGGCCUCCACAGCAGCAGAGGCAUGAUUCAUACGGAAAUCAAUACCCUGGCCAAGGUGCUCCCCCUAGUGGAUCAUAUCCAAACCAGCAGCCAGGAAUGUACCCACAACAGCAACCGAAUUUCACACAGAAGAGGCCAGUUGAUGGUGUUUAUGGGCCUCCUGCAAAGCGUCAUGAAGGGGACAUAUACCCUUAUACCAGUCAGCAACAAGGACCCCAAGCCCCAGGUGGACCGCAGUCCCAACCAGAUAUGUACAACCAGUAUAACACCUAUCCAGGCUCAGACAGACGCCCCCCUGGCUCACAGAGCCAAUUUCCUUUUGGUUUCGGGCGAGAUCGAGGGCCUAACGCGGGUGGCCCUAACGCUCAGCCCUCCAUGCAACCGCAGAUGAUGGGUAGCUCCAUGAGUGGCCCCAUGCCGACAGUCCCUGAUGGACCCCAAGGUCCCAUGUGGGCAGGCCGUAAUGAGAUGAACUACCCUAACUAUCAUAAUCGUCAGGGGCCCCCUGGUGCCAUCUCUCAAACCUCGGGCUACCAUACCAUGAAUCGGCCCGACGACAUGAUACCUCCGGACCAACGCGUGAAUCACGAGGGGCCGUGGCCUGGCCAUGUUAACCAGCGGCAAUCCCCAUAUGGGCAAGGACCUACUGGGCCACCAAUGUCCAGAACUCUCCAGCCGAACUAUCAAACCUCCCAGAACCACAUUCCACAAGUUUCCAGCCCUGUUCCCAUGCCAAGACCAAUUGAGAACCGAACCUCACCCAGCAAGGUGCCAUACAUGCACCCGGGAAUGAAAAUUCAGAAGGCUGGACCCCCAGUUCCAGCUUCACACAUUGCCCAACCUCCAGUGCACCCUCCUUUGAUACGGAGAGAUGUGGCAUUCCCACCUGGUUCAAUAGAGUCCUCGCAGCCAAUCCUGAAACCUCGUCGUCGGCUAACGAUGAAAGAUAUUGGAACACCAGAGGCCUGGAGAGUCAUGAUGUCCCUUAAAUCAGGCUUGUUAGCAGAGAGUACUUGGGCCUUAGACACCAUUAAUAUUCUUCUAUAUGAUGACAAUAGCAUUUCCACCUUCAAUCUGAACCAGCUUCCUGGCUUCCUUGAGCUCGUUGUCGAAUACUUCCGAAGGUGCCUCAUUGAGAUCUUCGGCAUCUUGAAAGAGUAUGAGGUUGGAGAUCCUGGCCAACGUACCCUGGUCGACCCGAAUGCCGUUGACCCCGAGAUGUCUGAUGAGGAGGUGCCGGAGGCAGAACAGAUGGAAGAGGAAGACGAGGACGAAGAUGAGGAUGAUGAUGUUGAAAACAGUACUGUGCAGAUGCCACAGGUUCAGGUCAAGCAGGAGAAAGAGGAGUUCACCCAGAUCCAAAAACCCAGUGACAGACUUGAGCAAGUAGAGAGGGAAGAUGAGGACACUUCAUGUAAACCUCUCCCUAAAUCACCUACCCCACAGCAAGAAAUAAGUGGCUCCCAAGAGAGGCCAAAGCAGGCUAGCAAGUUCGACAAGCUCCCUAUUAAGAUAUUGAGGAAGAAAGACCUGUUUGUAAUUGGCCGCACCAGUAAAUUGGGCCGGCGACAAGCUUUCGAUAGCGGUCUGAUCCAUUGGAGCGUGGGUGGUGGAGAUACUACAGAGCACAUACAGACCCAUUUCGAGAGCAAGAUGGAACUUUUGAAGCAGCGGAAACGGAAGCCGGUGAAUAUAGGGCCACGUAAAAAAGUAGCGGAAGCGGUUACGGACGAUGCUGAAAAAACGAUUGAAGAACAGCUGACACCGCAAGCGCAACCUCAGCCGUCCACAAAUCAAUCAUCAGAGGACAAAAACGCCACAGCAGCUAGCACGUCAACGAGUAUAACGGCCACCAUUGAUGACGUGCUGUCAGCUCGGCAAGGUUCCUUGACCGAGGAAGCAGUCAGAGGCAAGCCGGAUAAUAUCGACAGAGAGAAAAGCAAGUUUCUCUUCGGCAUGGACCUUGCACAUCAUAGUCGCAACAUCAAGAUCUUGGAAGACGAGCCGCAUAGCAAGGACGAGACGCCACUCUGCACGCUUUCAGAUUGGCAGGAUGCCCUUGCCCGCCGUUGCAUCUGUGUUUCCAACGUUGUUCGCAGCCUUUCCUUCGUCCCUGGCAAUGACCUGGAAAUGUCAAAGCAUCCAGGACUUUUACUGUUACUAGGCAGGCUGGUGCUGUUGCACCAUCGGCAUCCUGAACGCAAGCAGGCCCCGGUCACCUAUGAAAAAGAGGAAGAGGAGGAUGAAGGUGUUAGUUGCGAGCGAGACGAGUGGUGGUGGGACUGCCUGGAGGUUCUGCGGGAAAACUGCUUGGUCACGUUAGCCAACAUCUCAGGCCAGCUGGACCUUUCCAUUUACCCUGAAAGUAUUUGCUUGCCCCUAUUGGAUGGCCUGCUCCACUGGGCUGUUUGCCCUUCGGCUGAAGCCAUCGACCCCUUCCCUACGCUAGGACUAAACGGAACGCUGUCUCCCCAGAGACUGGUCCUUGAAACCCUGAGUAAACUUAGCAUCCAGGAUAACAACGUUGACCUCAUUCUGGCUACGCCACCUUUCAGCCGUUUGGAGAAGCUCUACGGCUCCCUCGUGCGCAUGGUCGGUGAACGCAAAGUGCCCGUUUGCCGGGAGAUGGCAGUGGUGCUUCUGGCUAACCUCGCGCAGGGCGACAGCGUCGCGGCCCGGGCUAUUGCAGUGCAGAAGGGCAGCGUGGGAAACCUUCUCGGUUUUCUGGAGGACAGUCUUGCGGCCACUCAGUUUCAACAAAGUCAGGGCUCGUUGCUGCACUUACAAGGCACGCACUUUGAGCCUACUAGUGUGGACAUGAUGCGGCGGGCAGCUCGUGCCCUGCACGCCUUUGCCAAAGUGGAAGAGAACCACUCAGAAUUCACGCUGUACGAGUCACGGCUACUGGACAUAUCUGUAUCCCCACUUAUGAACUCUUUGGUGUCCCACGUAAUCUGCGACGUACUGUUUCUGAUCGGCCAGUCGUGACAGCCCGAGCGGUUGAUCAUGUUUUUCCCCGCUCAUUUUUUUAAUGUGUGUGUGUGAGUGUGUGACUGGAGAAAAUUUAACCGCAAACUGACUUUUUUAUUUAUGCAAAAUCACCUCAGAUUCCACUGUCUAACCUUGCUUCGCUCUCAAGGAAGGAUAAACCAUGGUAAUUGAUUGAUUUAUGGUGUAUGUAGUAAAACUAAUAUGGAUAUGCUGAUUGAGACUGUCACCCGAAAGAGUGUGCUGCCCUUUGGACUUUUUGUAAAGAAAAGCAAAAAUUCAAAAAAGAAACAAAAAACUGUAACCAAAGUUGCUGUCACGUUUACAGUGAGUUUGGGGAAAUGUUCUCCAUCAGGGUGUGAGGAUGGGGAUGAAGACCACCAUAAUCUGGUUCUCGGAGGCUUAAAAGACUCGCUCGCAGACUCUAGUUUGUGUGGUAUAAAUUGCUGUAACUUGGAUUUUAUAUAUAUAUAAAUAUAUACUUAGCCCUAAAGAAACCAGGUCGUUGGCUGUGAACAGACAUGUAAAUGGGAGGCCUGUGCAGUAGAUUGUAGAUUGACUUUUCUGUACUGUACACCUUAAAACUGUAAACAUACUGUAACAAUACUGUUUCACACUGAGAUAAUGCUGGCUUGGCAGUGAAAACUGUAGUUUUUAAAAAUGAUUUUAGAUUCAUGUUGAGAGAGGAACAUGGUUUUCCCCAAAAGUAACGUGAACCUACAACCUACCCGACCUCUUCUUUUUCCCUUGAUUGUAUAACUUGACCCUUAAAGAAAUCACCUCUUUUAGGACUGGUCUUGAGCUCUAGAUGCAGUCCAGGCUGCAGUGUAUAUAAUGAUGUUGUAAAUUACACUUUGCUUCUCUCUCUCUCAUCUUAUGGCGCUCUUCACCGUUUUUAAUCUUUGACGAAUUAAAGGUUUCAGUCAACAGAUCUCAUUGUGCAUUUUCAUGUGUUCAUUUAUCACUUGACUUUCAUUGCAUUCAAAAGGAUUUUGUGGAUUCCAUACACAUAACAUUUUCAGGUUCCUUUGUUAAAAGGUGUAGAGAAUUUUAUUAAACCAGAAAUCUUCAACUGAUUUAUCAUUCACCGGAACAAAGAUCAAAUAAACCAGUUUGCUUUUGCCUCUUUUCCCCCAGCUUAGUCAAUUCCAGUGCUAUGGAUCCAUAUUUGUAUUACAGAUGAUGUAGCUAAAAACUUGUGUAAAUUCCUUCCCUUUUUUGGCUUAAUAUCAUUUAUUCCGUAUGAAAUCUUUAUACUAUAUGUUCCACGUGUUAAGAAUAAAUGUACAUUAAAUCUUGGUAAAACUUU